UCCGCGGUGACGGAGCUCACGGUACUCUUGUACGUAACCUCGACGUUCUUGCGUGCUUGCGAGUUUGUGCCUGGGCAUCGCGGACACGGCUCGACUUUUCGCGGGACGAUCGCCACGCUCGCGCGCGCGAGUACUCAUCGGUCGAUUUUCGCUUUCCACUUCCGUCCCAUCAUCCUCCUCCUCCUCCCCCUUUCUUCUCCCCCCCCCAGUGAGAAACGCAACGGUGAUAUCCGGAGCAGCGCGCGCUGGUCCAUCUCUCUGCGUCGGGAUUUUGGAGAGAAAGAACGAUAACGCGUAUAUACAUUAUAUACGUGCGUCACGAUUACGCGGGAUUUCGAUGCGAAACCGACAGCCAGCGGAGAGAACAUUGCGGCGAUUCUGAUUAACCUUGUGAAGUGGCGCAAUAUUACGAAUAUCGAAGACGCGAGUGGUUGCUGGCUGAUGGAAUUGUGAGGACAGAAAGUGUUGUUGUUUCGCGUUCGACGAAGCCGAACCGAAGAGCGAGCAUGAUCGCGAUACAUUCGGUGAUGUGAGAAAUUUGAUAUUGACAUCGUGAAUCGUGAGUUCGUUGAAUUGUAUCGUCGUGUCUCCGGUUUAGGUUCGCGGAAAGUCGUGGUAAAUACGCGCGCGGCUCGCGUGUUGUUGUGCUGUCAUAUAUAUUAUCGUCGAAUCGCUGGAAUCGCAAUUGUUCGCAGUGAUGAUUUGAAGUGCUCCUCGACAAUUUGACUUUAUUUAUGUCUCACGUAAAGGCCGCGGCAUCAGACAUCUUCGCCAUUCCUGCGCUCGAGAGAUAUCGAAAGAACUUGGCAAUUCCAGUCAUAAAAGGACAGCAUUAUAUCUGAAUUUACGCACGAUCCUUCCGGCGCUUGGCACAUCGAUCUGUUUGGUGGCCGAUCCUCGUACGAAGACAGUUUACUACUCGGUGCUACCAUCACCAAAGAUGCUAGAUCUUCGAAUCAAUUAUAUCGGAGAAGCCUAUUCGAGACUUUAGAAGACUCGACAGAAAUCUCGGCAAAAUGUCGAUGACUGGGAGCUUGAUGGGAUACGAGAACAAUAACGAUGUGAACCAGGCCAAGUGUAAGAAACCGUUGAAGCCGCUGCCAGUUGUGUCGAGCGUAAGCUCGAGUGGCGUUACUACCAGCGCUACCAAGUCAAAGAAAGCACGAAAACCGACGAGAAAAGAAUCGUGUAUACGCGGUCAUGUGAACAGCCUCUGGUCCGUUUGGUACGGCAUACUGGCUGUCGCUUUUCAAGCAUACAUAGCAAUGAGAUACGCCAAACGAUUUGCCGCUUACCUAUCAUUACCAUGGCCGGCGGAUGCGCCACCUCCUAAAAUCGAAUUGUACGCUUGCCUGGUACUAGCCGGUACCGGAAUCAUUCUACUUCCGGUCUUGCUUGGCGCAGCAUUUUUGAAGCUCGGCAAUCUCGCGAACGACGGAAUAAAACUCGGCCGACAUUUGAGCGCUUGUUCUCGCGAUCCGCCAUCAUCGCUUCUCUCUAACAAUCCCGAUAACAGUCUGGCGAAUAAUUUGUGGAGACACGGCGGCCCUACCGCGGCCUUCGUGCACCUCUGCACGGCCAUGUGCUUCCUCCUUCCCUCUCUGCUCAUGGAAGCGCGGCUAAUACACGCUGGAUUUCUGCCAAAAGACGCAAUAUGGAGAACCGAUCUUGACUGGAUGGUGAUACAUCGCGAUCGUCUGGUGCUGCUAAGCUUCAUGAAUCCGAUCGGCAACUUAAGCACCUUGACAGGUCCGAUAACUCCUCAGCCUUUCGUAACUUUAACCCCGGAAGAAGGCAAUAAUGAGAACGUCGAUGAACUCACCACCCCGACGCCUGGUCUAACAAACAUGGCGCUUCCUGAUGUUGUCGAGAGCCGUACUGAAGAAGCGACCACCAUGUUCUCAGCCAUUAUCCAUCCAAUCAUCACAGAUCCACCUUUAACCCGAACUACCUCGAGCACCGGUGCAACUUCCAGCAAGACAACUACGAUGAGCACUGAAACAACUUCGACAACUUCGAAAACGACAUUGCUCCCGAAGAAUAGCACCAUAAAACGUCCAACCACGAGAACCAUCAUCAGAAACGGCAGUUCGAAAGGCAGAUCGAAGGCAAAGAAUCUCACGAGGUUAUCAACCACGGCGAAACCUAGAACCGCCGGUUCAGGAAACAUGACAGCACAGAGCAUGUCGCUAACGAUGAACAGUCUGGCGGAUCUCGAUCAUCCCGAAAAUUUGAAUCUGGAACUUCAAACAGCCGAAUCAUACGGCCCGAUUACCCUGGAAUAUCUAAAUUACGCCGUCGCGCUCGGCGUUUACUCGGUAAGAUAUCCCGCCGUCUUCUGGUCGUGCAACAAAGCAUUGGGUACAAUUUUCAGUCUGCAGCUGGUGGUGAAUUCAGCGCAGAGUCUUCUGGCUUAUGCCGGAAUGUCCGUCCUUUAUAAGGUUCAAGUGGUAGGUCCUUUAAAGGUCCUGCCAUUCCUUCGGCAUCGUACCGUAGCAACGAUGAGUACAAUCUCGACAAUAUUCGGAGACUCUUACUUCGUGCUGGAUCCUCCGGUAACUCUCGUGCUCUUCGCCCUCUCAUCCUUCCUCGUGCUCUGCUCCAGCAUGGUCAUGUAUUUCUACGCCCACGGCAGGUUCACGGCCUUCCUGAACCAGGAACGCGAGCGUCGUGUGAUCCUGUCUAAAGACGGCCGUGAUGGCAACGGCUGGGUCUACUUGCCACAUUGCGCCGCCCUGGUCGUGUUCCUGGCGAUCUCGAUCUGCGGCGCCCCGUUACUCUACGACUACACCGUAGUGUAUCGCGGUAGUCUGGACGGUGCCAUUCUCGCCUGCAUCAUCGGCACAAUAGUCCAUCUCUUCCUCUGGCUGUUACUCUGGAUAUUUCUCACCGUCAAACAACGCUGGACGUUCAAGCUGCGCGUGACCAUCGGACGCGCUACCGUGAGAUCCGCGAGGUCGGUCAAACUCGUGACCGACGUCGACCUGCUGUCAGCCAGAGACGACGACGACGGCACCAGCGCGCCUUUGCUCGUUGUUGGCAACGGCAGGACUUACACUAUCGCCGAUACUUCGCCGAAAAGGGCCAUCAUGAGCGUCAUACAGAAAGCCGCUAUGGAAAGGAAAGCCCGAUCGCAAGGCGGAAAUGUCGAUGGAGUCGACGGCGAAUCGACGGCUGACGGUGACGAGCAGAUCUACUGGCUUAGGCCGAAAUUACGCCCUUCGCCCGCACAAUCCCCGAGCGACACCGGCGGUGCACCGACGUCGGACAAGGGUUGGCUGAACAAGAAGCUCAAGCAUAAGGUCACCUUUAACGACCUGCCUAGUACGUCAGGCUCGCGUAAUAAGGGAAAAGCCAGACGAGGCGUCGCCGACGGCGGGCCUGAUGAUGACGGAGAUUAUGCCACGUUACGCGAAUUACCGUUAAUCAACUCGAUGGACCCAGCCGAGGAUACCACCUCUGAAGAGAAUAAGUGGCAAAGAUGGCCGAUAGGUCGUAGGGAUGGUAUACCUAAAUUCAGGAAUAUGAAUGGUGGACAGACGCCGCGAUGUCUGCGCCGCGCGGAUUCGGGGAUGCCGCACGAGGAGUUGACACCACGUUCGGACUCGUCGAACUCGCCACCCUUGGACGCGGUGGGUGGCGGUAGCGGCGGCGGAGCCGGUUCAGUGACCGGACACAGCAACACCAGUAGUAACAGCGAGACAUCGAGUGGUGUACACAGUAACGCGAGUAACGCGAGCAACGCCAGCCACAGCAGCUCCCAACGUCGAGCGACCAGCGUGGACGAUCUGACUGGAGAACCGCGCGAAGAACCGCGCGAGCAGUGGCGCAGCUGUUCUCUUCAACGUGGCACUCAGCCACCCACAGCGAACACGACCUUCUCGCCGCCCAGUAGCCGCCCCGGCACCAGCCAGUCUUUCUCUUCGCCGCAGUACGUGAACCAUGUGCCACCAUUCAGCAACGCCGUCGGCAACGAGAUUGGCGUCGGCUGCCCGGCGGUUAUUCUCGAGAAUCCGAACGAGGCAACGGUCGUGAUCCGUCGCAAGCUCUCGAGAACGAAACUCACGGAUCCGCUGAACGCGAACGAGGAACCGUUCGGCCGGUCCACCAACAUGCGGAUGACUUCGUUCACCGAAAGCAACGACAUCCGCAUACAGGCUUCGUCCGCAACCCUGCCGCACUAUCCCACGCAGCCUAUCGUCACUUAUCCGCAUUGCUCGACGAUGCCGUUGCCACAUGCAUCUCACAGUGUGGCCGCGGCAAACAUGAACGGUGGAUCCACCGGCAGCUGCGGUUCUGUGCCGAGGCACACCUUCGUGCCGCCGCAGGUUCACACUACCAUGCCGGCACAUACGACGCUGCCGUCGCAUCACAACGGCGUUAGGCUGCUCCACAACGCAACCAGUAAUCCGUUCGUUAAGAGAUUCCCGCCGGUGCAGUUGCACACCCAGCCCUGGGCCUUGCCGGGUCAUCAUACUUUCCCACAGAUGCCGCAGAGCAACAACAAGCUCACGGUCACUGCGCAGAUCCGACAGAGCGACCGGGACUCGGCCAACUUCUCCAUGGCCAGCAGCGGAGACUCCGAUACGUGUUUGCCGCAUUAAAAUGCGCGAGGACUCUCUGAUGUAGGUAUUAGAGAUCACGCCGAUGAGAAUGGCGUCUGAAUGUGUCAGGGUGAUACUUGGUAUUUUCGUAAUGACAUUUUGUCCCGCUGAUCGAUAUCGGAAGGUAUUGUGGUUUCCAAGAACGUGACGUAUCAAUGUCACGAUGUCCUCCAAGGGCUUCUUUCGAAAAUAAAGGAGAAAUGAUAGAAACAUAAUAGGCAGGCAAAAAGAAGAUUUUUGCGCGAACUCGAGAUGAGCUGUUGUGAAUAUUUCGCUUCAAAAUCUUUAGGACCCACGCAGAAUUGUACGUUAAUGUGUCGCAUUACCAGUAUGUAUCUCAUUAGAAGAAGCUUUUAUGUACUUUAUUAUAUCUCUUGCUCACAUAUACAUAUGCCAAAAUUUAAAGAAAAGGAAAUCAAAUUAAGAUUUAAAUAUGACAUAUCACGAUACUUCCAUCAUUUGCUAGCGUAUAAAUAUGGCAUUCCUCGUGUUACCUCUAUUUUUUAUAAUCUGAUCUAACACAAUAAGAUUUCAUCUAAUUAUUUAUAUAUAAGUAUGUUUAUGAUAUAUUAACAUAGAAUUUAUUAUGCAUAAAUCAUUGCGUAAAACAUAAGAAUUCUAUUUAUUUGAGUAAGCAAUGUGCGUGAAAAAAACAAGGAAAGUAUAUAAAUACCGCACAGGUAAUUUAUAUGAAGAUAAUAACUGAAAUUUGAAAGCACCAAUUUCGUUAUAUAUAUAUAUAUAUAUACACAUACAUAUCCUAUACGUUGUGAUUCCUCUAUUUUAUCUAAUCUUUAAUCACGCAGCAAUAAAAAGAAAUAUUUUAAGAAAGCGGAGAUAGUAAUAUAAAUAAUAAAAGAAUAGAUACUGCUUCAAAAACUUCAUCCUGGUUAAUGCGAAAUACUUAAAUCGUGCAAUAAUAAAUAAUUAUGCAAAUUAUUACGUAAUACACUUAUACAUACGCAGUGCGCGCGCAAUUUAAAAGAAAAAUAACUCUUACAAUUAAUGGUAAUAUAAAAUAUAUCAGUAAUAAUAAAUCUCUACUCGAGUUUGCGCAAAUGUGUUUCAAUAAGUGUCGAACGCUUAUAUUAUAGUGCUUAUAGUUAAAAUCAAUCUUUUCCAUUAUAUUAUCUCUCACGAGACAGAGGUGUGUUCGACGUACUAAGAAAAUUAGCGCUUUGGCGCCAUUUAAUGCCGAAAAUGAAACGGCGGGCGAGAGUGAGAAUAAUAAUAGUUAUCCCAUUUUAGAUAUGGAAAAAGUUAUUGUGUUGUCUUAAAUAAAAUUCGUGUAUAGAGUGAAUUAAGGAUUAGUCGAUUAAGGAAAAAUGUGAAAACAAGUCGGGUUGCUCCUUUAUAAGCAUACGCUUUUAUAAUAUAUUAAUAAUUAAGAUCUUUUUUCUACCGAGAUAUAAUUGUAAAUUUUGUUAAACCGUAAUUUGUACACACAUUGCUAAUUGUUUGUUUAUACUGCGAUUCUAAUGAGAGUCAGUUAUAUGCGAUAAGAUUAGAAGAAGAAAAGCAUUCUCACAUUGAAUGCACGUUCAAACUAUGCGCAAUAUUUAUUUAUUUUUUUUUUUUUUUAAUUCGCUUUAGUAGUUUUUUUCUUUUUAUAAAUUUAUCAUGUCAAGUUUAUCAGCGAGAUAAAUGUUCGUCGAAAUAUUUGUCGAAUUUUCUACAAAUUGUACGUUUAGGAAUUAUGCACGAGAUAAAACGUGUUACGUUUUUAUAUGAGUUACUAUAAAUUACAGUGCAGAUUGUGCAAUCGUACGAUCGGUCUUGAUAAUAUUUGCGAUAAAUUACGUAAAUAUACCGUUACAUUAAAUUUUUGUUAAAUUGUAAAUUUUGGCUCCAUAACGAUAUAAUUUUCUACACUCUAUAGUACUUGUAUCGUAUGAUUUGCGAUAUCAAUAGUGCCAUCGAAAUUAAUAAGCACACAAUUAGCAUAAAUCAGAGAAAGGCAACUAUAUAUGUAACAUAUGAGUAAAAAUUGAAAAUGAUUUAUCGCGAAACUAGUGUACGCUAUUUAUUUAUUUGUGAGCGUUAUGAUUCUAUUAUUUCUUAGGAAAUUUACACAAAAUGCACGCACAUGUACGAGAGAAUUUUGUAUAUCUUUUUUUUUUUUCUAAUGUUUUUCAUCUGAGAUUUCUCUCUGUCUGUUGAUAUUAUUUAAAUCAAUACAACGAGUAUUUAUUUAACGCCUGCGAAUAUAUGCAAAAGAAUUGUUAACUAGAAGAUUUGCAUACUAGAAGAAAAAAAAAAAAAGACAGGCGCAAUCUAUGGCAAGUGAAACGACUACUGCCACUUAAUCGUGAAGAUCUAUAGAUCUUUAUUAUGUGUAUAUUUACUUAUUUCAUCAACUGCCAUGUUAUUUCGUCCUUUCGUGAAUAUAAGUAAUUACUCGUACUAAGUUUACUUGUACCUAGCAUUUACUUGUGCGUAUGCUAUAAGUACAUGCGUAAAAGAAUAAAUAAAUAAAAUAAAGCAUA